AUGCCCCGAUGGGGAAGACCACCGGGGGCACGAGUGGGGAGAUCCAGCGGGAGACAGGCGGCUCAGUGGAUGGAUACUAAUAAUGUGCGGAUUCAGGAGAUUGACAGCGGGGCUGAGGAGUAUCUUCUGCGACGUGGUCGCGCUUUGUAUGCUGCUGAGCAACGGAGGAUUGGGUGGCCAAGGCGCAAUGAGGAUCACGACGUAUCUGCUGACGAUGUGCACUCGGUCGACGGCAUAGACUUUGAUCUGUACGACGAUUCGGACAGAACGGUGGCAUAUGCAGUGCAAUUAGCGAUGAAAGACGAUGAAGAGUGGCUGGUAGACAAGGCCCUGGAACGGAUACGGCGCGCGCAGAUACUGGGCCAGAAUAAUGUACGACUUUCGCAACGGGAGUUGGACGCCCUCGAACGAAAACGGAAGCAAACUGGCGGUAUGGAAGACGUCGGACAGAGAAACAGGGUUCCCAAGGCAGCGUCUACCGACAGCAGGCCCCUGAGGCCGGUAGAGAGCUCCUCAAACGGGGGACUGGGAAAUCUCGGGACAAUGCGGCAUGGAUCUACCGCCCCAAACGGUAGCGUACCCCGUACUUUUGUGACCGACAAGAAGGAGAUGUAUGAGUCGAGGGCGCGGACUUCGGGCGCAUCGGCCAGGGACCAUUCUCCUGUACUACCACGAACGUCCACCGUGCCUAACCUGCAACCUCGAAUGUCGGGGCCGCCGCCUUACUCAUCCGUUCCACGCGAAUUUCGGUCAGAUAUUCCCCUCACCUUCCCCAGCCCUCUUCCACCGGCGACCUUCCAGAACCCUCCAUAUGCACGCAUCCUUCCUCACGAGCCACAGCGGGUGCCUCCGUACCAGGCACCAUAUGCUUCCGCAACCGUCCGUGCGGGAUCUCAAAGCUAUCCCGGCCAUAUGGCAUACCAGGCAAGUCCUGGGUCUGUUCUUGGCGAUCGACAACCGCUGAGUCGUCAGCAUGCGCCCUCAAAUUUGGCCAAGGGCGAUUCGAGUAGCGAAAGUGACGAAGACGACAGCGGAUCUGACAAUGACGGUGACAAGAUACACAUUGUCGACGUGGUGCGACGAAGAGUUCCAACUGGUCUUCAGAGUCGGCCUGCUGCAGCCAGCGGGGUCGGCGCGAGGGUAGUUCCCCCACGAUCUCGUCGUUCUUGA